GGCAGCAACAGCAGCAGCAGCAGCGACCAGGCGGAUACGCCACUUUGUGAAUUGUGAUUCUAUCUGAUGCUGCACAUUGCCCACGAGCCCGCACGUGACUCCCCACUUCCGUUACCGUCAUUACGGCGGCGUGAAUUGUCUGGUGCGGACCACGCCACCGUUCUGCGACGGCGCUUGACGGUCACGCUUGCGUCCUGGUGAACCCAGUGACGUGCUCUUCUCUUAUCAAACCGUAACCACCGUUCAAAUGUGUCAAUGCCCCAGCAACACUCAUUUCCGUUGCACAUCUAACCUCAAGCAGAGAGGCCUUUGCUUUGUUCCCGUAUAUAAAUUACACAGAGAUUCUUUCUUCUCAUAUUCCUUGGAGAUUAAUUUUUAAUUCGUUUGGGUUUUGGGUUUUGGGCAUUGAAAUUUACCCGUGGGAGCCAUGGAAACUCCCCUUCUGAAGAGUCACAGCGACGGCGCCGAUGAGGGGAAACCGGUGAGUCUCGUGAGAAAGACCGGCAUCGAGUCGAAAAAGCUCUGGAAGCUGGCGGGCCCUGCGAUUUUCACCUCCAUUUGUCAGUACUCCCUGGGCGCGCUCACCCAGACCUUCGCCGGAUUCGUUGGGGAGCUGGAGCUCGCCGCCGUCUCCGUCGAGAACUCCGUCAUCGCAGGUCUCGCUUUCGGGGUCAUGUUGGGAAUGGGGAGUGCGUUGGAGACGCUGUGUGGGCAAGCCUACGGGGCGGGGAAGAUAAGGAUGCUGGGGGUGUACAUGCAGAGAUCAUGGGUCAUCUUGGUCACCACCGCCUGUGUUAUGGUUCCUAUCUACGUCUUCGCCCCUCCCAUACUCGAGCUCAUCGGAGAAACCACCGAGAUCUCAGAGGCCGCCGGUACAUUUGCGCUAUGGAUGCUUCCGCAGCUGUUCGCGUACGCCGUCAAUUUUCCGAUCCAGAAGUUCCUGCAGGCGCAGAGGAAGGUAUAUGUGAUGGCUAUAGUGUCGGCGGUGGUGCUGGUGCUGCACACCAUCUUCAGCUGGUUGCUGAUAUUCAAGAUCGGGUGGGGCCUCGUUGGGGCGGCGGUCAUGCUCAAUUUGUCCUGGUGGCUCAUCGUCUUCGGCCAGUUGCUGUACAUUUUCAUCACCAAAUCGGAUGGGGCGUGGAGUGGGUUUUCCUGGCUGGCGUUUUCCGACUUGUACGGAUUCGUCAAGCUUUCCCUGGCUUCUGCCGUUAUGUUAUGCUUGGAGUUCUGGUACUUGAUGAUACUGGUGGUCAUAACAGGACGUCUGAAAAACCCUUUGAUUCCGGUCGAUGCCAUUUCCAUCUGCAUGAACAUAAAUGGAUGGGAUGCGAUGAUUGCAAUUGGGUUCAACGCUGCCAUAAGUGUGAGAGUGUCAAAUGAACUUGGAGCUGGAAAUCCUCGAGCGGCCAAAUUUGCUGUGGUUGUGGUUUCUGUCACUUCUGUGGCUAUAGGACUGAUUUGCAUGGUUGUAGUGUUUGCAACAAGAGACGUGUUCCCUUACCUUUUCACCAACAGCACUGCAGUCGCUAAGGAAACAACUAAGCUUGCCACUUUGCUGGGAGUCACAGUACUUCUAAACAGCCUUCAGCCAGUCUUAUCAGGGGUUGCUGUUGGAGCUGGAUGGCAGGCUGUUGUCGCAUACAUCAACAUUGGGUGCUAUUAUCUUGUUGGGUUGCCUGCUGGUAUAGUCCUAGGAUUCACACUCGGUCUUGGUGCUGAGGGCAUUUGGGGAGGCAUGAUAGGAGGCAUCUGUUUACAGACCUUGAUCUUGGUGGUGAUCACUUCAAUCACUAACUGGAACAAAGAAGUCAGUAUUUUUUAUGUCCUGUUCGGUGCUUUUCUUUCUCUUUUUCUCAGCCUAGGAGUCAGGUGAUUUGUUUUAGAUGUUCAACUUGAUUUUUUAUCUUUCCCUUGAACUGAAAUGCAGGCUCAAGAAGCAGAGGGCCGUGUUAAAAGGUGGGGAGGAUCAGCUGGGGAGCAUUGAUUCCAAUAAAAAUUCAAGUUUGAGGGGAUGACACCAGCUCCAUCACAUAUCAUUGUGCUUAGCGUGCUUCAUUCAUUUUGGGCAAACUAUCUUAAAAUUAUUGCAUUGCUAUUUGACACCCUGAUUCACAAAUGGCUACAAGAAAGGGUGAGGUGGGAGAAGUAAUUGGAUCCCAAACAUGUUAACUGGCUAGUGCCAUGUGAGGUAGCUUCUGUUAACAAUAAUUCAACUUUAGAGGGCAGCUGAGGAAUUUUGUACUUUGGAGUCAUGAGUCAUUCAAUUUUGUUGCACUCGAGAGUGGAAUAGACUCUUCAUAGUCAUCCUUAAGGUGCCGUAUCAUUGCCAAUGUUGGAAUGUUUAUUUAUAUAUAGAGAUAUUUCAUGGAAAUGAAGCUGUUCCUUUU